AUGUCGGAAGGUAUCAUCGAUGAAUAUACUCUUGGUGAGAAGCUCGGCCAGGAUGCUGCAUACAGCGUCUUGAAGCCUCACUGGGACUCGUGGGUGCAGCUUGCCGACUUCGAAAAGAUUGCAAAGUCCGGCUUCAACGUCGUCCGUGUGCCGAUAGGUUACUGGGCAUAUGACAAUGCAAACAGUCCUUACGUUUCCGGUGCAGCUCCCUACAUGGACCAAGCCAUCGAGUGGGCGAGGCAGACUGGACUGAAGAUCAUUGUUGAUUUGCACGGUGCACCUGGCUCUCAGAACGGCUUCGACAACUCGGGCGAACGUACAAACAAUAUCGACUUCCAGCAAGGAGACAACGUGCAGCGCACUCUCGCUGUGCUUCAGACCAUUCAGAACAAAUAUGCCGACUCCUCAUACGACGACGUUGUCGCUGGUAUCGAGCUUCUCAAUGAGCCUCUAUCCACUUCGUUGAAUUUGGACGACCUCAAGCAGUUUGAGCGCAAUGGCUUCGGUCAGCAGCGCACCGUUUCCAAGUCUCGCGUUGUCAUCAUCCAGGAUGGCUUCCAACCUCCUAGCUCCUACAAUGGCUGGUUGACUCCUAAGGACAACAAUGCCCAGAAUGUCGCUCUUGACCACCACGAAUACCAAUGCUUCACCAACGAACUGGUCGCUAUGCAGCCCUGGGAGCACCGUCAACAUGUCUGUAACAACGUCAAUCAAUAUUCGGGUGCCGACAAGUGGACUUUCGUUGGCGAGUGGUCGGCAGCCAUGACUGAUUGCGCCGCUGCUCUCAACGGCUACGGUAUCGGUGCUCGCUACGACGGCACAUACCCUGGCAGCAGCUACGUCGGUUCUUGUGCCACAAUAAACUACAUCGAUCAGUGGUCCCAGACCUUGAAGGACGACACUCGCGGAUACAUCGAGGCCCAGAUGGAAGCAUUCGAGAGCAACACUAUUGGCUGGGUCUUCUGGAACUUCAAGACCGAAGCGUCACCCGAGUGGGAUGCUUUCCGUCUGAUCGAUGCUGGCGUCUUCCCUCAACCCCUGACCGACAGAAAAUUCAACCAGAUCUGCUCUUCAUGA